AUGGCCACUAUCUUUUCGAUUUACCUUCUCUUCACCCUCUAUUACAUUACCUUCUCAACCUUCUACAGCACUGUUAGUGGCAUCUUUUGUGAGGAAAUCAGUGAAGGUAUAGCGAUAAAGCGUGUAGAAAAAAGAUCCCACCUCCACUUUUACUUCCAUGAUGUCAUUAGUGGGAAAAAACCCAGUGCUGUGAAAAUUGCAGGGCCACCAAACAACAGCGCCUAUGGAUUUGGAGCCACCAUGAUGAUGGAUGAUGCAUUGACAGAAGGGCCUGAAAUCAGCUCAAAGCUGGUUGGAAGAGCUCAAGGGAUGUAUGCCCUUGCUGCACAAGAAGAUGUUUCAUUGCUAAUGGUUAUGAAUUUAGCCUUCAUUGAAGGAACUUACAAUGGUAGCAGUAUCAGUGUUGUUGGGAGGAAUCCGGUUUUUGAUGAUGUGAGGGAAAUGCCAAUUGUUGGAGGUAGCGGGGUGUUUAGGUUUGGUAGGGGCUAUGCAUUGGCACAUACAAUUUGGUUUGAUUAUAAUACUGGAGAUGCUACUGUGGAGUACAAUGUCUAUGUAGCACAUUAUUAA